GCAAGUAUCAACAUCCGCGGGACAUUGGUAGGAAGGGAAGGGAAGCAAAGAAUCCGACGGAGGAAGGCGUGAGAGCGAUCGAUCGAUCGCCCACAGAGCGACGAUAAAGGAAGACGACGGAGGACGAGGAGAAAGAAUUUAGGGCAUCGAAAUCGUGCGUAGGGAGUUGACCAGGAGCUCGCUGUAGAUGGCGGGCCUCUCGCUCAGAUGCGGAGAUUGUGGCGCUCACCUGAGGUCCGUAGAGGAGGCCCAGGAGCACGCCGAGCUCACCUCGCAUUCCAAUUUCGAAGAAUCUACGGAAGCCGUGUUGAAUCUGGUAUGCUCGGCCUGCGGGAAGCCUUGUAGAUCGAAGACUGAAAGCGACCUGCACACGAAGCGCACUGGGCACACUGAGUUUGUUGAUCGAACAUUGGAGGCGGUGAAGACAAUUGAUCUUGACGCGCCGAAGGCCCCUGAAGCUGCUGAUUCCGCCGGGGUUUCUGAUCCUGGAAAUACUGAAUCACAAGAAAUGGUCGUACCUGAUGUUGAUAAGAAAUUGCUGGAGGAACUUGAAUUUAUGGGAUUUUCCACCGCUCGGGCCACUAGAGCUCUCCAUUUUUCUGGUAAUGGUGGAAUCGAAGCUGCCAUCAAUUGGGUUGUUGACCAUGAAAAUGACGAAGACAUUGAUCAAAUGCCCUUGGUGCCUGUGAGUACCGCUAAAGCUGAACCUGCAAAACCAGCUUUAACUCCUGAGGAAGUGAAGGCCAAAGCAAAGGAGCUACGGGAACGGGCUCGCAAGAAGAAAGAAGAGGAGGAAAAGCGAAUGGAGAGAGAGAGAGAAAAGGAAAGGAUUCGGGCUGGGAAGGAGAUUCUGGAGGCAAAACGGAUUGAAGAAGAAAAUGAGAGAAAGCGAAUGUUGGCAUUGCGAAAAGCAGAAAAAGAGGAAGAGAAAAGGGCUAGAGAGAAAAUUCGGCAGCGCAUUGAGGAGGAUAAGGCAGAAAGACGACGAAGACUUGGGUUGCCUCCAGAGGAACCUGCUUCAAAAGCUCCAGAAGAACCUGCUUCAAAAGCUCCAGAAGAACCUGCUUCAAAAGCUCCAGAAAAAAAGGCUUCGUUGCCUGUGAGACCUGCUUCAAAAGCAGAACAAAUGAGAGAUUGCUUGCGAUCUUUAAAGCAAAAUCAUAAGGUAAUGCACAUCAUAAGAUACUUUGUAGACAAGACUCUCUUUGGAUCCGGAUUGCUGUCUAUGUAGAUAAAAGCAUGCCUAGGCCCUGGGCAACCACCUUCUGGAAUAGGCUAUAGUAUAUUGGUUCCCAAUUGAGAAAAAAGAUCUUGAAUUUUUUUCCCCUUCUACUUUUGCCUUUAUUUAUUCUGCUUCUUUUUUGUUUACUUUUCCCUUUUCCUCUCCAUCUUCUUUUUCCUUUGUUCUUCCUUCUGCUAUAUCCUUUUCCUUUUAUUGUUUUGGACUGGGGCCCACAUCUUUCUGAACAUCUACUCCUAGUUAACGUAAGAUUGACUAUAUAGAUUGCUCUUAAAUGUUUGAUUAACAUCGCUGUGGCCAGAAAGAGUCUUCGACUAUAAUUAUUUUCUUUCUUGCAAGUCAGCUUGUUUCUUCACUUGAACUCUUUCUGUGUUUGCCUUCUGACUUUGGAUAUGAUUACUUUGGCAAUAUAUAUACAUUGGCGUUAGCUCCUGGGACUAUAUUGAACCUGGGCUUCAGUGUGAUGUUUCUAAUAUGGAAAAAUGUCUUGGAGCAUGGGAUCUGCAAGUAAAUUCUGAUAGGUCCACAUCUCAGAAUCUGGAUUAUUGGUCUGGUGGUGGUGGGCUAUGUGUAUUCAUGCUUCUGUAUUUUUAUGUGAGGUCAUCAAAGUGCAUUUUGUAUUGCCGAAAGUGCAGUUGCAGUUUGGAUUAAUUUGAUGAUUGGACUGCUUUUUGGUUCAGCUUUUGCAGUAUUUUUUAAUGGAAACCAAGUUUCAAAUAACCAGUGGUUUCAAAUGACUUGGGUUGACCACGACUAUGUUACACAAGUUCUGGUCUGGCCUUUUUUCAGAAAAAGCAUGGGUAAACAGGGGUAUGUAUGUGUGUGAGAUCCAAAUACCGAAAUGAAAAAUAAGGUGAACUAAUGGUUGUUACACCUAGUGUCAUCCGUAUCGCACGAUGUGGGCCAUACUUUAACCAGCAGGGUGACUCGUUUUACUUCACUUUUCAAUAUUUUAUUGCUGUUUAUAGUUGAUACAUGUUAAAAUAUAAGUUCUGUUUAUUACUUUAUUAAAGAUUCAAGUUCAGUUUGUUCAAGUCCAAUGAUAUUAACGAAAUUAAUUGAGUUUUUUGAUGUCUUUCCAUUCAACAUGCUAAAUUGCAACAAUUCAUGGAGGAUGAACUUGGGCAUGGCUUCAUUUUAUGUUAGUUUGACCUUUUUUGAAUCAUAUAAGUGAAAUUUAGUCAUUUCACAAAUUUUUUAUGUUUAGAAGAUAAGUUAUAUAUUGUUUUUUCUAAAAAAAAAAAAGGUUAACAUAACCCGGUCUGGAUGCUUGAGUUGACCUGCCGAGUCACGAGUCGAAAACAGCCGAGUCAAGUCCAGAGUCAUUGGGUUUUGACAUUGUAUGAAUGUUCUAUAUGUGUGAUUAGUUUUGUAUGUGGAAUACAUUUUUCCUGUUUUUUUUUCUGAAUUUCCUCUAGUUUUUCUGAUUGCCUAAAUUUUUCUAUGAAAAUUAUUACGAUAGGCUGUGCUACAUGUACGAUAUGUUGCAACCUGACGGAUAUACAUUACAGUAUGUCUUACAACAUUGGUUACACCAGCACCCACACCCACGCCCCCAUUGAGACCCCAAGUCAGCAAGUCCGUGGGAGUUAGUUUGCAAAUUAGUUGUGUAUUAUGUCCAUUCGUUCUUCACAUGAAAAAGCAAAAUCUCCAUUGCUAGAUUUAUUGUUGAAAAUCUGUUUUAUCAGUGAACAAAUGUUGCCAACAAGUGCUAAAAGCUGAAGAUUGUUUGAUCACUCACCCUGUAUCUUUUUUGACUCGUGUG